AGGCCAGUGGCGUAAACGACUAAUUUUAUGAUUACGUGUCAUUUGUUGUUGAUAUGACGGGUUUUCUGUAGAUGUUUUAUCAGAGCGUUUAAAUAUUGAAACAAACUGAUUGUUGUGGCAGUGCCAAUCUCACAGUAUCUAGAGUGCGAUAAUGGCAGAAAGUGGGCAGAAAUUUGAAUUUUAUGGUGGCCCGACAGAUGAAAGUGUCGAAAACAAUUGCCGUUCUUUGGGAGAAUUGAUUAUCAAACGUCUUGCUGAGAAUGGUGACGAUAAUGGCUUUAUCGACGGAGUUACCGGCGAAUCAGCGACCUACAGAGAUAUAUUGGAGCAAUCGGUUCGAUUGGGGAAUCGUUUCCAUCGUAUCGGUUUCAAGAAAAAUACCGUCAUCGCAAUUAUUUGCGAGAAUCGACUAGAAUUGGCUCUAGUUGCGUUCGCCGCGACGUAUAUGAAUGCCAUUCCCACUUUUCUGAGCCCCUCGUACACUUUAUCUGAACUAGAACAUGUGCUGAAAUUGAUCCAACCAAGAGCAGUGUUCGUUUCUCCCAAGGCAUUAGAAACGUUACUUCAAGUGUCCUCCAAAAUUCCCUCGAUCAAAAUGAUUGCCCUUUUUGGGACCGAAAACCCGAAGAAGCGAGUCACUUUAUUUAAACAUCUUUUCGAUUACAACAAACUGAAAAAUGCAAGGAAAUUUGUACCCCAACCGGUUAAUCUGAAGGAGCAAGUCGCACUGAUGGUGCUCUCAUCCGGUACCACUGGUCUUCCCAAGGCAGUGCAACUAACCCACUACAACGUUAUGGCGGUUCUAGCGUAUAUGCGCCAUAAUAUUAAAAAGAGUCCUUUACCUGCCAAUCUUCGCAGUUUAGCUAUCCUCCCUUUCUACCAUGUGUACGGUUUCAUGGUUCUUCUCGGUUCACUUUGCCACAAACGUGAACUAGUCUCUUUACCAUGGUUUGAGCCAAAUCUCUUCCUAUCAACUAUCGAAAAAUAUAAAAUAGCGAGUGCUGCUUUAGUACCGCCCUUGAUGGUGUUUCUGGCCAAACAUCCUUUAGUGGACAAAUAUGAUUUGAGUUCACUUCUAGCGAUUGGAUGCGGGGCAGCACCACUCGGUAAGGAAGUUGAAGAAAUGGUACAGAAACGACUUCCAAACUUGUUGAUGAUAACAACCGGAUACGGAAUGAGCGAAAGUUCCCUCGGCGUUCUAACCAGGAUGACUGGAAAAGCUGGAAGUGUUGGUCGUGUGAACCUAAUGUCCUGGGUGAAAAUUAUUGAUGUUGACAGCGGUAAAACUUUGGGACCCCACCAGGUUGGUGAAAUUUGUGUGAAAGGACCGCUAGUUAUGAAAGGCUAUCUGGACAAUGAAGAGGAAACUCGUUCAGCUAUCGACGCGGAAGGAUGGCUGCAUACCGGAGAUACCGGUUACUUCGAUGAAGACGGCGAUUUUUUCAUCGUGGAUCGAAUAAAGGAUCUGAUCAAAUGCAAGGGUUUCCAGGUUGCCCCAGCCGAGGUAGAAGCCGUACUGCUUGCCAACCCUAAGAUCAAGGACGCAGCUGUUAUUGGUAUUCCGGAUUCAGAAUGCGGCGAACUGCCGCUGGCUUUCGUAGUGGUGCAACCUGGGGUAGAAACAGGGGAAAACGAAGUGAAAUUAUGGGUCGCGGAACGAUUAUCCAAACACAAGCAUUUACGCGGCGGGGUUCGGUUCGUUGGGGAGAUUCCGAAAACGGCAAGCGGAAAAAUUUUACGCCGUGAGUUGCGUAAAUUUUUGCUGAAAUCCAAAAUAUAGAUGCCAACAACGGUUACGGAACAUUGUAUAUACAGAUUCUAAGAAUAAAUACUUGUUUCGAGCAA